AUGUCCAUAAUGCGUAACUCCAAUUGCGACCAAAGCUUCAAGGAAGGAGAUUUGGUGUGGUGUAAAAACACAUCGUCCACAAAUGACCAACUCAAUAUGAUGUACAAUUUAUGUCGUGUAAUUGACGUAAAAUGUGAUAAUCAAAUAUUAUUAUCUAAAUAUAAUGAUUACAGUGAUUAUGUGUUUCUUGCUGACUCUGAAAAUUUAAGUAAAGCGAAUUAUUUAUUUUCAUUGGAUCAAAAUGAUAUGAUGAAAUUAAGAUAUAUUAAUGAACCAUCAGUGUUGUAUCAUUUAAAAGAAAGAUUUAAGAACAAUAAAUAUUAUACAAAAAUGGGACCAUUAUUAAUUUUUAUUAAUCCUAAAAUUAACAAUAAUAUUAGCAAUGAAGAAACAAUUGAAAAAUAUAAAUGUAUAGAUUGUAUAGAAGAUUUAAGCUUAAAUGAAUACCACGUUGUGCAUAAUGCCCUAAAAAAUUUAAAUGAGUUAAAAAGAAAUCAGUCUAUUAUUAUAUCUGGAGAAUCUGGGUCAGGGAAAUCUGAAAUAGCUAAAAACAUCAUAAAUUUUAUUGCUUACCAAGUAAAGGGUAGCCGACGACUUCCGACCAGGUUCCCUAUGAUAGACAAAAAUGAAGUAAUAGAAGAAAAUGAAACUGAUGCUUAUGAGGGGAAUGCAAACGAUCAAGAAGAAGACAAUAUUCAUAACGAAGAAAAUACAACAUAUCAAUUUAACAUGCCUGAAAUGCUCAAACACGUAAACGUAGUGAUAGAAGCUUUUGGAAAUGCUGUAACUGUAGAUAACAACAAUUCAAGUCGAUUUUCUAAAUUUUGUACAAUACAUAUAGAAAAUGAAGAAAUAAAAUCAUUUCAUAUAAAGAAAUUUUUAUUAGAUAAAGAAAGGUUAAUAAAUAGAAAGGCAAAUGAAAAUUCAUUUAAUAUAUUUUAUUACAUAAUAAAUGGAUCAAGUGAUAAAUUUAAGAAGAUGUAUUUUUUAAAAAAUAUAGAAAAUUAUUCUAUGUUAAAUAAUGAAAAGGGCUUUGAAAAAUUUUCUGAUUAUUCAGGAAAAAUUUUAGAAUUAUUAAAAUCAUUGAAUUAUAUAUUUGAUGAUGAUAAAGAAAUCGAUUUUAUUUUCUCAGUACUCUCUGCAUUAUUAUUAUUAGGAAAUACAGAGAUUGUAAAAGCAUUCCGUAAAAAGUCUUUACUUAUGGGAAAAAAUUUAUGUGGACAAAAUAUAAACUAUGAAACCAUAUUAAGCGAAUUAGAAAGUUCAGAAAAUAUUGGAUUAGAUGAAAAUGUUAAAAAUUUAUUAUUAGCAUGCAGAUUAUUAUGUUUUGAUAUAGAAACCUUUGUAAAAUACUUUACAACUAAUUAUAUACUUAAUGAUUCUAUACUUAUAAAGGUGCAUAAUGAAACUAAAAUUCAAAAAAAAUUAGAAAGUUUUAUAAAAACAUGCUACGAAGAAUUAUUUAAUUGGAUUAUAUAUAAAAUCAACGAAAAAUGUACACAAUUACAAAAUAUAAAUGCAAAUACCAAUUACAUAAAUGUAUUAGACAUGGCAUAUUUUGAAAAUUCGAAAUGUAACUCAUUAGAACAAUUAUUAAUUAAUACGACAAAUGAAGAAAUAAUUAAAAUUAAAAAUAUUUGUCUCUACAAACAAAUAGUACUUUCAUAUAAUGAGGAUGGAAUAUUUUGUGAAUACAAUAUGGAAAAUAUAGACAAUGAGCCUUUAUACGAUUUAUUGGUUGGUCCAACAGAAGGGUCCUUAUUCUCACUUUUGGAAAAUGUUUCCACAAAAACAAUAUAUGACAAAAGUAAUUUGCACGUGUCUAUAAUACGAAAACUUGGUCGUAAUUCAAAAUAUAUUAAAAAAGAUGAUAUAACUAGAAAUAAAAAAACAUUUGUCAUCGCGCACUCUUGUGGAGAUAUAAUAUACAAUGCAGAAAAUUUUGUUGAAAAAAAUAUAGACAUAUUAACAAACCGUUUUAUUGAUAUGGUUAAACAAUCAGAAAAUGAAUAUAUGCGACAAUUUUGUAUGUUUUAUAAUUAUGACAAUUCAGGAAAUAUUGUAGAAGAAAAAAGAAGAUAUAGUAUACAAUCUGCUCUUAAAUUAUUUAAAAGGCGAUAUGAUACCAAAAACCAAAUGGCUGUUAGUUUGUUAAGAAAUAAUUUGACAGAAUUAGAAAAACUUCAACAUACCACUUUUUGCCAUUUUAUUGUUUGCAUGAAACCUAACGAAAGUAAAAGAGAAUUAUGUUCACUUGAUGCUAACAUAAUAUUGAAACAAGUUAGAAAUUUUAGCAUUGUUGAAGCUGCACAAUUAAAGAUAGGGUAUUAUCCUCACAAAUUCACCUUAAACGAGUUCCUUUCCAUUUUCGACAUAAAAGCAAAAGCCAUUGAUGAAGAAAACGCGGAAGAUAAAGUUGAGCAACAUGAAUAUGUAGAAGAGAAAUCAAAUGAAUGCCUCAAAGAAAAAGUUGAAGCUCUAAUAAAAUCAUAUCAAAUAAGCAACUACGAAUGGAUGAUAGGAAAUAAUAUGGUUUUUAUUAGUAAUUAUUGCUUAAGAUUAUUAAUUAUUAAUAUCUUUCCUAAAUAUGAACAUUUUAAUAUUUCUUAUGAACAACAUAUUGAACAUAUGAAAAAAUCAGCACUGUAUAAUCUAAAUGAUGUAUCUAAUUUAGAAUGUAUAAAAUUUGAUGAUGAAUAUAUCGAAAAAGAAAUUGAUACUGUAAAAAAUGAUAAAGCUUGUUCUGGAGAAAUUUUAAGAGACGAUAUUCAGUCAAAUAAAAAAGACAAUCCAAAAAAAGGAAAUAAAAAUAGGCUUAGUCAAUUAUAUCAAUUUUUUGGAUUCAAAAAACCCAGCAAAUCUGAAGAAAAGAAAAAUUCUAUUAAAAUAAUGAUUGAAGAACAAUUAGUUUUGAAAAAAGAUGAAAAAAAUACUAAUCCCAUUGACGAUAAAUUCGAUGAAAAUAUAGAUAAAAAUUCUAAUAAAAAUAAUUUUGAAAUAUUAGAUAUUGUAAAUAAAAACAGAAUCAAGAUAAAUGAAUCCAUAAAGCAAUUCUUUAAUCUUUAUAAUUGUUAUAAGCCAUAUGCUAUUUGUACUAAGGGAUAUGAAAAUUUAUGCUACGCCAGCUUUGCCAAGAGGCUAACCAUGGGAAGUGAAAUUUUUCAGGAUGCCGAAAUGGAAAAAUACCAAGUCAUCCAAGAUCUCUUUGGUGAAAAAAUUAGUGAACAAGAAGAUGCAGCUAGCAAAGCGGUUAAAGAAAUUGAAAAGGUUGAAGAAGUUGAAGUUAUAAAGGAUGAUUCUGAGGGACAUGCUGAGGAAAUUGAAACGGCGAACGCCGAAACAAUUGGAGAAGAUAUUUCUGAGGACAUCGUACCUAUGAAUGAAGAAUCUAAUAAAAACCCAAAAAAUAAUGGGCAAAAUAAAAAAAAAAAACGAAGAAGACGAAAAAGAAGAAGCACUUCAACCGUGAAGAACGAACCGAUAGACAAAAAGGAAAAACUUCCUGUAGGGGGUAUAUCAAAUGAAACCGAAGACAAAGAAGUUUCCGUAGAAACAGAGCCUGUAGUAGAAGUAGAAUCGGUAGUAGAAGAAGAAAAUGCAGCUGAAGUGGAAUCAGUAAAAGAAAUAAAGCCUGUAGUAGAAGUAGAAAAUGAAGUUGAAGUAGAAUCAGUAGAAGAAAUAAAGCCUGUAGUAGAAGAAGAAAAUGAAGUUGAAGUAGAAUCAGUAAAAGAAAUAAAGCCUGUAGUAGAAGAAGAAAAUGAAGUUGAAGUAGAAUCAGUAAAAGAAAUAAAGCCUGUAGUAGAAGAAGAAAAUGAAGUUGAAGUAGAAUCAGUAAAAGAAAUAAAGCCUGUAGUAGAAGUAGAAAAUGAAGUUGAAGUAGAAUCAGUAGAAGAAAUAAAGCCUGUAGUAGAAGAAGAAAAUGAAGUUGAAGUAGAAUCAGUAAAAGAAAUAAAGCCUGUAGUAGAAGAAGAAAAUGAAGUUGAAGUAGAAUCAGUAAAAGAAAUAAAGCCUGUAGUAGAAGAAGAAAAUGAAGUUGAAGUAGAAUCAGUAAAAGAAAUAAAGCCUGUAGUAGAAGUAGAAAAUGAAGUUGAAGUAGAAUCAGUAGAAGAAAUAAAGCCUGUAGUAGAAGAAGAAAAUGAAGUUGAAGUAGAAUCAGUAAAAGAAAUAAAGCCUGUAGUAGAAGUAGAAUCAGUAGAAGAAAUAAAGCCUGUAGUAGAAGUAGAAUCAGUAGAAGAAAUAAAGCCUGUAGUAGAAGAAGAAAAUGAAGUUGAAGUAGAAUCAGUAAAAGAAAUAAAGCCUGUAGUAGAAGUAGAAUCAGUAGAAGAAAUAAAGCCUGUAGUAGAAGUAGAAAAUGUAAUUGAAGUAGAAUCGGUAGUAGAAGAAGAAAAUGCAGCUGAAGUGGAAUCAGUAAAAGAAAUAAAGCCUGUAGUAGAAGUAGAAAAUACAGAUGAAGUAGAAUCAGUAGAAGAAGAAAAACAAACCGUUGAAGUAGAGGAUGUAACCUAUGAAAUCAAAGAAGAUGAUGGUGAAAUCAGCAUGGAACAGAAUGUGAUGAUACAUGUAGAAGAAGUUGAAACAAAGGAAAAUCUAAACGAAAUAGAAAUAAACGAGAAUGAAGAAAUUUCAAUCGAUGAAAAUAAAAAUUUAAAUGUUAUAAAUUGUGAAUUAAAUGAAAUGAGCGAAAUAGAAGAAUCUAUAGAAAAAGAAAACACGAGUGGAAAUAAUUGUGAUGAUAAUGAAAAUAAUAAAGAGACACAGAAAGAUAUAAAUAAUACAUUAAAUGAAGAAACUAAAGCUUCUGAUGAUGAUGAAGGCAAUAUAAACCGUGCAACAAAUUACUUUAAAAUGAUAUUAUCAAUAGAAAAGGAAGAUUUUAAUAAUAUUAUAAAUUUUAAUAAUUAUGAAAAUGGGAAACUCAAACAAUAUAUAUCUUGUUAUAGUAAUUUAAAUGAUGUAAGCUUUGAAGAAUAUUUUAAAAGUGUAAAUUUAUCUAAUUACAUAGAUCACAUAGGAGCCUUACAUAAAUAUGGACCAGAAAUUACGAAAUCUAUAAAUAAAGAUAUGUUAUUAAGUAAUUUAAAUGAUUUAUUUGUAUAUAAAUCUAAAGAAAAGGAAAGUUUUAUGACAAUAUUAAAAAAUAUGGCUACAGUUAUGGAAAAUGUUCAUGGAAAAAAAUGGAACAUAUUAAUGACCGGAUCAGAUUACUAUUUUAAAUCAUAUUUAUAUAAUGAGGAUAAAGUUAUUUAUAUUAAUAAUAAUAACGAUUUUAGUGAAAAAAUAAUUUAUAAUUAUGAAGAGGAUAAAUAUGACAAUAAAAUUAAGAAUAAUGGCAUCAAUGAAACAGGGGAAAAGAAAAGACAUAGUUUGAGUUACACACCAAUAGUUGAAUACUUAUCUUUAUCAGGUGUAAAUAAAAAUGUGCAUGAAAUAUGUAUAUCUAAUAAUUUAGAUAAAAAAUAUUUUAAUGAGAAAUAUGAAAUAUUAUGUUUUAGAUCCAAAACUAUUAGUAAAUUAGAAUAUAUGAAUGCUAAAUCAUUUUAUACAUCUAUUAAUUACAAAAAGGUAAAGACAAGAUGUUUAACAUUAACACAUAUAGAUUUCACAUAUAUGGAAGAUCAAAUGAAAAAUAACUUUAAGCAACAUGUUAUCAAUGAAUUUAUAAAUAAUCCCAAUAUAAAUAUGGAUGAUUUAUCUGACAGUUUACUGAAAUUAGCUACUUAUUUCUAUCCUAGCAAUAAAGGUACAUGGUGUGUAUUCAUAUCAAAAAGACGAUCUUUUACUGGAUCCAUUAAUAUUGUUAAAAAUAGAUAUUUAAGAAUGACUGUUAAAAAUAAAAACAGAAAAUAUAACAUUGUCAUAUUCGAGACUCCUGUAUGA